CUCUCAUCGCAGCAGCUCUCCGUCGAUCCCUAGCUCUUCGUUUCUCGCCUACACAUCCAUUUUCAGCAAGGGAGAGAUGAGGAGCCAUCUCGCGGUCUUCGCUUUCCUUCUACUUCUGUCGCAGCUUUCUUUUGCGCCGCACAAAGCUCGGGCUCAGAUCCUCUUCCAGGGGUUCAACUGGGAGUCGUGGAGGCAGCAAGGCGGUUGGUACAACUUCUUGAAGGACAAAAUCACCGACAUCGCCGGUGCCGGAGUUACUCAUGUGUGGCUUCCUCCGCCAUCUCAAUCCGUCGGCCCGCAAGGAUACAUGCCGGGGAGAUUGUACGACCUGAACUCUUCCAAGUACGGUAACGAGAGCGAGCUCAAGUCGCUGAUCGGCGCGUUCCACGAGAAGGGCAUCAAGUGCGUGGCGGACAUCGUGAUCAACCACCGGUGCGCGGAGAGGCAGGACGGGCGGGGAGUGUGGUGCAUCUUCGAAGGCGGCACCGACGACGGCCGCCUCGACUGGGGCCCCCACAUGAUCUGCCGCGACGACACCCAGUACUCCGACGGCACCGGGAACCCCGACACCGGCGCCGACUUCGGCGCGGCGCCCGACGUCGACCACCUCAACGCGCAGGUCCAGCAGGAGCUGACGGACUGGCUGAAUUGGCUGAAGACGGACCUCGGAUUCGACGGCUGGCGGCUGGACUUCGCCAAGGGCUACUCGUCGAGCGUGGCGAAAGUUUACGUGCAGGGGACGCGGCCGGACAUCGCGGUGGCGGAGUUCUGGAGCUCGUUGGCCUACGACAACGACGGGAAGCCGGACUACGACCAGGACGGGAGCCGGCAGGAGCUGGUGAACUGGGUGCAGCAGGUGGGCGGCAGCGCCGCGGCGUUCGAUUUCACCACCAAAGGGGUGCUGCAGGCGGCGGUGCAGGGCGAGCUGUGGAGGAUGAAGGACCAGCAGGGGAAGGCGCCGGGGAUGAUGGGGUGGUGGCCGGAGAAGGCGGUGACCUUCAUCGACAACCACGACACCGGAUCCACGCAGAAGCUGUGGCCGUUCCCUUCCGACAAGAUCAUGCAGGGCUACGCCUACAUCCUCACCCACCCUGGAAUCCCUUCCAUUUUCUACGAUCAUUUGUUCGAUUGGGGACUGAAGGAGCAGAUAUCUGAGCUGGCUGCGAUAAGGAUGCAAAACGAGAUUCACCCGGGAAGCACGCUCGCCAUUCUGGCUUCUGAUGCAGAUUGCUACGUCGCCAUGAUCGAUGGAAAACUGAUCACCAAGAUUGGCCCUCGAUUCGACGUUGGCAAUCUGGUUCCUUCCAACUUUCAGGUCGUUACGUCGGGGAAGGACUACUCUGUGUGGGUCAAGAAGUGAGUUGACAAACAGGAUUGGAAUAAACUGUUUUAUUUCUCGUGAUCAAUAAGUUGAAAUUUGCAUCCGAACGAUACGAUUGAUGUGGUAAGACUUCGAUCAGAAGUCGUUCAUUCUAUGUAUUGAUUGCCGUAUGGUGCAGUUGAAUAAGAUCUUUCAGCAAGAAUUAUAUA